CACUCAAUUCUUUGGGAGUAGGAUCUCAACAAAUACGAAUCCACACCGAUAUGAAUCCAAGUAAGGAAUGGGAAUGUUCAAAGUGCCCAAAAAAGUUUAAAACGAAUAAAAAUUUGACCAUGCACCUGGAUUUGCACGAUUACGGAGCGAAGGUCAAAUGCGAGGUUUGGGGUAAAGUUUCCCAAAACGGACCUGCCUUGAAUGCUCACUUGGCCAGAUUUCACGCCAACCGUGAGCGACCGAGUUGUGACACGUGUCACCGCGUAUUUUCCUCUUUUUCCUAUUUACGGCGACAUAUGGACACCACCCACAGCACGAAGGAACGACCCCGCUUACCGUGCACGUUUCCUGGCUGUGAGAAAACCUACCUGAACAAGGGCGAUGUUGCGAAACACGUAAAACUGGAACAUGCCCAGAAUCUGGUCCGAUUUCCGUGCACACUGUGCGGAAAGGACUUCAAAACGAGAGGUGAACUAAAGCAACACAUUCCCACCCACACGACGGAGAAACCGUACGUUUGUGCCACUUGUGGGAGAGGCUUCGCCCAUAAUGGAGUCAUGAAACGUCACGAGAUGACGCAUUUGGAGAAAUCUACCCGGCACGUGUCAAAGUGUCACGUGUGUCCUCAGACGUUCUUAAGUAGGAUUACCCUACAACAACACAUCCGAGUUGUGCAUGAAAACCAGAGGAAUUAUCCGUGCCUAUUUUGUGACCAGAGAUUCUCCAAAUCAUCAAACUUGAAGGGUCACGUGGAGGCGAAACAUGCCGCGAAGGAAGAGCGGAUCCAUUCCUGCGACAAGUGCGAGUACAAGACCCACUCGAAACCCUAUUUGGCUGCUCACAGAAUACGUCACAAUGCAACCAAGCAUGGGUGCUAUUUCUGUGGGAAGAGGUGCAUCACUUUGAUGGAAUUGGUCAGCCAUUUUCGAGUUCAUACUUUGGAACAGUAGAAAUUUUAUAGAUUUUUGUUUUUUAUGAUUUUGUGCGUUAAACUUGAAAUUGCAAUACAAUAAUAUCAUUAUGUA